AUGGCAACCACCGCUGCUAAUGCUUCCGUGUACGGAGGAGACGAAAUCAACGCCAUAGUGUUGGACCCAGGCUCGUUCCACACGCGUAUUGGUUAUGCCGGAGACGAUUUCCCCAAGGUUAUCACCCCCUCAUAUUACGCAGUAGAUGCCAACGAUACAACAACAACCCCUAAAAGAAUCUUUGGAGAACUGAUCAAUGUGCCGCGGGCAAACCAUGACAUCCGCCCCAUUCUCACCGACUCCGUGAUUACCGAUUGGGACGCGGCUAUCGCUCAAUACACACAAUAUUUUGAAACUGAUUUGAAGAUUGAUUACAGUGAUCAACCACUCUUGGUCACUGAACCGGUAUGGACUAAUACAAAGUAUCGGAAACAAUUGGUAGAAACCUUUUAUGAACUGUUUGGGUUUUCUGCGUUGUACCUCGCACGUGCCCCAACCUGUAUUUCCUUCCAACAAGGCCGUCCAAAUUGUCUUGUAGUUGACAUUGGUCAUGACUCUGUGAGUGUGACACCUGUCAUUGAUGGGAUAUCGUUACUCAAGAACUCUAUGCGUACUCAUUACGCAGGCAAAUUUUUAAGUGACCAAUUCCAAGAUGUAUUGAGUUCAAGCAGAGGUAAUCAACUUGCCAUUGAACCAACGUAUAAAAUCAAAUCCAAGAUCCCCACGGUUUACCCAGCUGAGGCUCAAUACACUGUAAGAGACAAUCUUCCAGAAAAUAUCACCACUCUGUAUGAAGAAUACCAACGACAACGGAUUUUCCAAGAACUUAAGGAGACUCUUUUGGAGGCACCAGAAAAGAAAAUGGUUAGUAAUAACGUUACUCAUAACACCACAGUUAAGGAGAUGUAUAAACAAGAUUCCCAUAAGAGAAUGUUUGAAUUCCCCACGGGUCAAUCGGUGGAACUUUCAGUGGAAAGAUUCCAAGUUGCCGAUUCAAUUUUCGAACCUCAAAGUUAUAAAUUUAAAGAUGAAACAUUGGCAGCAAAGUAUCCACCAGACAAUGGUGUACUUGACUUUAAAGGUGGGUAUGAAGAUUACAAGCCUUUGAAGAGAGCAAGAAAGGCUGAGCUGGCCCAAUCAACCCCACCACCUUCCGAGGCAGCUAAUGGAGGUGCCACCCUCAAACACAAAAAGGCUAGUGGAAGCAAUGCUCCACAAAUCAGAGGUCUCAGUCAACUUAUCACGCAAACAUUGACCAGUGUCGACAUUGAUUUGAGAUCAUCUGUAGCACACAAUGUGAUUGUGACCGGGUCUACAUCAUUGAUUCCACAACUUACAGAAAGACUUUAUGGAGAGCUUCUGAACAUGAACCCUGGAUUGAAGAUCAGAUUACAUGCCACCGGUAAUUCCACUGAAAGAUUCAAUCAAACCUGGAUUGGUGGGAGUGUUUUGGCUUCUUUGGGAUCAUUCCACCAAAUGUGGGUGAGUAAAGAAGAGUACGAGGAGGCUGGUACAGACCGUAUUUUAAGCCAAAGGUUUAGAUAG